AAUAAGCGAAUGCAGGUUAUGCGAAAUCGACCAAAUAAAAACCAAAAUUCACCGUUGUUCUGCAUUAUAAGAACUAAAUAAAUCCUUGCGACGAUCAGUUAAACUCCCAUGAACGAAUACAGAUCAAAUUCGUACUCUUUAAGGCCACCAAUUUUGCGUAUUUAAGGAUUUUCUUUUGUCUAUUGUCCGAAAAUUUUCUGCCGUAUAAACUACGGUAGCUCAGCAGGCAGUCGGACAUUUGCGAACUGCCAGCAACGCGAACUACGGUGGCCUGUUAGUGUUAGGAGCAAUUAUGGCAGAGCCAACUUAUGUGCAGAUAAAAGACAUAAGGCCUGGUCAGAAGGCUUUGAAUGUUUUAUUCAUAGUUUUGGAGAUUGGCAAACCUACGAGGACGAAAGACAACCAUGAUGUCAGGUCAUGUAAAAUAGCCGACAAAACAGGCUGCAUAAACAUUUCAAUAUGGGAUGAGGUUGGAGGACUUGUACAGACUGGAGAUAUCUGCAGAUUAAUAAAAGGAUAUUCCUCGAUAUGGAAAGGCUGUUUAACCUUGUAUACAGGAAAAGGAGGCGAUAUCCAAAAAGUUGGGGAGUUCUGUAUGACGUUUAGUGAAGUGCCAAAUAUGAGUGAACCGAAUCCUGAAUAUAUGCCGAAUAAGGAUGGAACACAACAAGGCCAGCAACCUAACCAGCCAACACAGAGGAGGUCACCAACGGAACAAACACAACAGUUACAGGAAUCAACACCAGGUGGCGGCCCGCAAAAUGUUCCUAUGCAUCGAUCGCCCCUUAUGGGUGUUCAGCAGGGUAUGCCACCUGGUGGUGUAAACAUUAACCAACAAAUAAUGAAUAAUGGACAGAGACAUGCGCGGCCUCCUAUGAUGGUGCAUCCACGGGGCCCGCCCCCUGGGAUGAGACCUCCCAUGAUGGACCCAAAUGGAAAUGGCAGGGGAAGGGGGCGGAGAUAACCCCCUCACUCUUUGAGACUUGAAAAUUGUGUACUGCCUAAGGUCAAGUUUUAUACCUUGCACUUUUGAACAAAAUUUACAAGUUGGACUGGAGAAAGUAUUGUAAAAGAUGCAUAUAUUUCUUGUAGAGUUGAGCUGCAGAACGAAAGAAACCUCUUUUAUAACAGAUGUGGUGAAAACUGAAAUUGGCAAGCAUAACUUUCAAAAUGUGUUAUCUUUGCAACUUAUCUGGCUGAAGAUGGAGUCCCUUGCCAAUAAGGAUAAUUGAUGCCUAACUGUAAUGGCACAGAGAUAUGGUGGGGCAGCCUUGGAGGAGGAAUACCCUCUGGACCCUGGAAAAAUGACUCGUCCCUCGGAGGAGAUAUACUCCCUGGAGAACAACUCCUCAAAGUAUAGAGAAAUCGCUAAGAAAGAAGAGCCCUAACCUUUGGUAUCCUAGAUUCUGACUGCGGCAAAUAUCUCGAACCUUUUGUCUAAAUUUUGUAUCUGUCUGUGCUAUUUGUCAUGAACCCAUUGCACCCUGUGUCAUACAUCCUGAAUUAUACAACGUGCAUUUUUU